AUGGCGCUCAGCAUCAUUAAGCAGCGCAUCGCCUAUUAUGGCGGAGACGAUCUGAUCGCCGCACUGCCGGCCCACAAUUUGAUGAGUUGGGUACUUCAUCCUGCAGCAACACCGCCGACAGCGCUUGUGAUUGGUACCUACGACGGACGCGACAUCCUUGCCUUCAUGAAAAGCUUCGGCGGCAGCCCACGCAAGGUGCAAUAUUGCUUCAAGCCAGCCAAUCGUCGGCUCAAUGCAUCCACAGCACAACUUCUUACGCUAGACGAGGUGGUGAAAUUGCCACUCAAUGUGCCGUUCAGGUACAGCGCCGACACCUCUGAGCCGGGGAAGAGCAACUUCGAUAUCGUCAUUCAAUGGUACUUCAUGGGCAAAAUCGAGCCCGAAAUUGACUAUGUCAUGUAUUGUCGGCGACUCUACAACGCACUGGAGAAAAUUGAUGCAGAGAAACGUGCUGAGAAGGAAUCUGAAAGGCCAGAACCUGAAGAACCUAGGGGCGCGCAAGAUCAACGUUCAGGUCACCGCGGCCAUCCUGGUAUAGAGUUCGUGAACCAGGACUUGUUUCUCGAUGCCCAGCCAAGAAAGCCCUUUAUAGGCCACCAUAAAGAACACGGCAACGACAUCUAUGCGUAUAUGCGAAAGUUACGCAAAUUCCACAAGAUCGAAUUCUAUAUCGAAGAUAAGCGCGCACCUUCAAAGACAGCCAUCCGCUCUGAAGACGUCGCUAAACAGCGUAUCCUACACCCAUUUGACAAAACCUUCCCAAAAGGUACUCACACCAUCGGCCAAGACGAGAAAGCCCGACUCACACUUAUGGUAAAGUGGUACUUCAUUGCAGUCGGAAUAGCAAAGGAUUGUGUGCUCAGAGAAACGAAGGCUUAUCCUGAGCGCUUGCGGAGCGCGCUUGAAUACAUUGCUAAGCGGAUGGGGGCUGCAUCCGUCAGAGCACCCCUCGUUGGGUACGAACGGCAAACUGAGCCUAAGACUACAUCGGAAGAGGUAAGCCCAACCACCGAUGAAAGUCAUAUCCAAUUCACACUCGCUGAGGUUACACCCAAUCCUUUAUCAUCGCCCAUCACAUCUAGAAUCGCUCAUCCGCACCCGUCAAUUGCUCACGCGGAGCAACUGAAUAAUCCCUCCAACGCCGUCGAUGCUCCAGAAUUGCGAGGCACAAAACGCACCGCCGAGGAUGCAGAGUUCGAAGACCUCGCCGAGAUAGUCUCUCAAGUACUUACUGAGGAUCGGAACCUCACGGAUCAAAUCAACGACAUCGACAAGCAGAUUGAGCAGUUGCAGACGCAAAGUAGGGACUUAGUAGAGAAGAGGAGGGAUGCGAAGAGGAGGUUCAUGAGGCAGACUUUGGCGAUUGUAUCGAGGACGGAUCGAUAG